AUGGAUGUUCAAGGGAAUAUAGAAAGUGUAAUAACUGUUGAUACGUAUCUAGAGUGUGCCAGGUAUUGUAUACAGUCUGAUGUUUGUGAUGGUAUUUUCUAUAACAGCACCAAUGGAUAUUGUGUUAUUAUUGCAAUUGCUGAUGGAUUAAUCAGUAAUGUUUCUCUCGGGACAUUUUUUCGUUUAAAGAAAAUACAACAGGGACUAAGGUUCUGGUGGAUAGGUGGGACGGAUGCAGCACAGGAGGGAAUUUUCCGUUGGAUAAAUGGAGAAAAUGUAACCUACAGUAACUGGGCCCAGGGCCAACCUGAUGAUUGGUCUGAGGGCAUACAUGGAGCAGACUGUAUCAGAUAUGUUAUUAAUUCCAAGACUGAAGCAGUAUGGGUGGAUAAACACUGUCACGAUGAAUUGCGAUCCAUAUGUGAAAACAAAAUGUUUUUGUGA